AUGAGCCAAGAUUCGAUACGCCAGAAGAGCGCUUUCUCAUGCGAGCCGUGUCGGCGAAGGAAGGUGAAAUGUGACACGGGACAGCCGACGUGCCGCCGAUGUGUUGCACGUGGCGAGAGAUGCACGUACAGACUAGCACCCUCGAUCUCGUACACCAAGAAGCUCGAGGAUCGCAUUGCCGCCCUUGAGGCGACACUUGCAGACCGGGAUAGCCAUCACUCCCACUCAUCCGCCGAGCAUGGACCCAGUCCGUCGUUAUCGAGUUCACUAUCUGAAGCUCCCGCUGCUUCUGGCACGCCGCCCUCCGGUGGAGAAGCAGCAAACCCGCCAGGUCUGGAGCGAGACCACCGCGGACAUGUCUCAUUUCACGGCAGCACAAGUCUGUUCAAUCUGGUGAUGGCUCGUACGAUUGAGCAUGAUCCCGCCAUGCAGGCUGCGCUGAGCGAUGAGCAAAGCAAGCAGGAGCUCAUCAAUAGUGCCUGGACAGAGCGAGCUCUUGAGAGGUUGUCCAAUCUGCCCGAGGCGAUCCAGUUUUUGCUGGAUUCACAUUGGUGUUGGGUCCAGCCGCUAUUCAAUUUCGUAUACCGGCCUGCCUUCACACGCGACCUCAAGACGAACGGCCAAUUCUGCUCUGUGCUAUUACUCAACGCUAUGCUUGCUCAUUCCGUAAGAUGGGCAAAGGCCGAUCAUAACGUUGCCCAUUUGCUGGAGCCUUUUGAAGACGGUGCAUACUUUGCUCGUCAGGCUCGAAUGAACCUCAUGGAUUCCGUACAAAACGGGCCCCCGACCAUACCUACUGUACAAGCUUUGCUAUUACUGAGCGCACAGGAGUGUGGGCAAGGCAAUCUAACACAGGCAUGGUUGUACAGCGGCAUGGCUUUUCGUCUGAUCGAAGAUUUGGGCAUAGUUUUUAACAACAGCAAGUAUUCGUUGUCAACUGAAGAGCUGGAAGUCCGCAAUCGCUUAUUCUGGUCAUGCUAUCUCUGGGACAAAGUCAUGUCACUGUAUCUUGGACGACUCCCGGUGCUCCGAGAAAGCUCUGUCAGCCCUCCCCGAAGCAUACUCGAUGACACAAGCGAAAUCGACAUAUGGAUACCCCAUGGCCUCGAUCAGGCUACAACUGCGGACUACCCGCCCGCUCAGGCUUAUACAACCUCAUGUUUCAUAAACACCUGCGCUCUAUCUGAGAUCUUGCAUGCUCUAAUGGUCACAAUGUAUAACCCAACAAAGGAGAGCACCAUUGCGGAAGUUGCAAAGUGUGCUAUGGAGGAAGAAAGACGGCUUAUUGCCUGGCAUGACAACCUGCCGUCACACUUGAAGAUUUCUCUUCUCCCAGUUCCGGAACACUGCCCACCGAGCCACAUUGUCACGUUGAACUGUAUAUAUCACACGACACGCAUAUUACUCCAUCGACCAAUGCUCACGACAUAUGGCAAGCGAUCCAAUCUUGACGAUGCUCAGAGCGGACAUCACUUACGACAAUGCCUGGAGUCUGCCAGUGCAAUUCUGCUCCUGUUCAAUUUGUUCUGUAAAUCUUUCGGCGAUGGCCACGUCAUCCUAUGUCAGGCGUACGCAGUGUACACGGCAGCAUCGAUGUUCCUGCUGCAGGUUCAGGCUACCAAAGACUUCACCUCACAAGCUAUGGAAAACCUAAGAUAUAGUGUUGAUGCGCUUGAGCGUCUCAAAAAGACCAGCCCGAUCCUUGGAUCAGCUCUGCUGUCGAUAUAUCGCGCCUUGCAGGAGUCGAACCCCGCAAUGAUCGCGAAGGACAACGAUGGCUCUUACUACAUGUCGAAUGCACGCGGCAUCGAUCACAACCAACCGUCAGCGUCAUCGAGGAUCAAUAUGGAUCCCCUUGGGAGCACUCGCAACGGCGCUCAGGACAUCAACUUUGUCUUACCAGAUUUCGAGUACAUGGACAUCUCGCCCGACCUCUUCGACAUGCUCCCGGACAUCGAGCCGAUCUCUGCCAAUGUCAAUGCCGGAAUGGGGAUCAAUUUGGAUCAGCAAUGGUUCGCGAGAUAA